AUACAUGCCCAUACACCCACACACACAUGCACACAUGCACACACUCAUGCACAUAUACACACAAAUAUAUGUACAUAUACAUGUAUAUGGUAUAUAAAUAUUUCAACUAGUAGCUGAUAUACUGUCCCAGAGUGGUUACUGUUUUUUUUUAUUUUAUUUCAUUUUACUAAUUUUUUUUUUUUUGCUUUUGGUCCAUCAGUUUUUGUCCAAUGAACUGGUGUUUUAUCUGUGACCACUACCAGUCAGUAUUAAUCACCCAGUAUAUACUAGCAUCAAAGCAAUGAUCAGUACACACUAACACGCGAGUAAGUAUCCAGUUGAUUGCCACACGCACUGCUCUUAACAAUGGAUAACGACACUGUUUUGGUAAGACACUGAAAAAAGCACAACAACAACAUUUCUGGAUUAUAUUUACUAGUUUGUUGGAAGAUAUAAAGGGAUUAAACACAUCAAUGGAUUUAAGCCUUCACUGAAAUUGUUGAGUGAUGCUUGGAAUAUUAUGAAAUGCAUCAUUGGAUUUUACUAGGUUUUGGGAUUGGUUGAUGCUGAUAAGAGACUAAAAUACAUCCUGGAUUCUUCUAGUUACUUCGAUUGCGAAAGUAGAAGAUGAUGAUUUUAAUAUUGCAAACGAAAAGAAGGAUUAAGAAAGAAUUGGAUAUGAAAAGGAACAGAGUUCAAUCCCUUAUGAAGACAGCAAUUUCAUCAUGAGUUACUUUACUCUAUAAAAAUAAAAUUAAAUAAAAAAAUAACAAAAAUAACUUUCAAAGAAGAAAAUACAGAUAAAAAAAACGAUGGAGGAGUGUAAUUCACAUUUGGAAUUGGCAGCUUCCACAAGUUUACAGAGGACAGAAUCCAGAUACACAUCCUUCUUCAUCCCGGGAUCGCUACUCAGCCCAUUCACACUGCAGUUUAGCAAGUCCUGAAGAUUCAGGUACAGAUGAAGGCAUUGAAGAAAUUCCCAGUACCUCUUAUGCAGUAGAGAACAAUUCAGUGGCCACAUCUGCAAUCACAAACUCUAUGGCUACAAUAGUAGAUAGUAACUCUAUUACUACUGUUGUGGAAAACAAUUCUGGGGCUGUCCGUAAAAGUAGUAGUCGCUUAGAUCCAAAGUAUGAGGAGAAAAAACGGAAAUACAAAUAUCGGACAAAGGUUCUUAAAUACAUACUUUUUGCAUUGAAUUUGUUUUCGUGGGUUGUAGCAGUAAUAGCAAUUGUGAUUAGUUAUUAUAUUCUCUUAGGAACUAAAAAAGUUGUGACUGAAGCUAUAGAAUUUAUUUUGGACCCUGCCAUUGUCCUUUUUAUAGUAGCAUCAAUAACAUUUCUUAUGGCUGUAUUUGGAUGCAUUGGAACCAUUAAAGGGAAUAGGUAUUUACUAAGAGUGUUUUACAUUAUGCUUGGCUUUAUGAUAAUCAUAGAGUUAAUUUUUGGAGUACUUAUUUGGUUGUUAUUCUCUGCUCCUGUGUCCACAGAGAAGUUUAUGGAUGUUCCCCGACAGCGUCUCACACUAGCUUUGCAUAAAUACAAAGAUGAUAGAAAAUUAAAGGCUUGGAUUGAUAGUAUACAAACUGAGUUUAAAUGCUGUGGCAUAUCUCACAGUGAAUAUGGUUAUAGAGAUUGGCAAGCUAAUAUCUAUUUCAACUGCUCUCGAUUUAAUCCAAGUUCAGAACGAUGUGCCGUACCAAUGUCUUGUUGUAUUUUUAAAUAUGGUGAUUUAAGAAAUGAAAUGUGUGGCUUUGAUAUCACAGAUAAAGAGAGACAUGCAGUUAAUCAUCGAAUCUACACUCAAGGCUGUCUUAAAGGCUUUCGGAACUGGUUUCAUAAGAAUGAGAUCCUCAUCACCAUUCUAGCAGCUUUGUUUAUUGCCCCACAGAUAGCCAUUGUUUUAUUAGCAAGAACUCAAGUCAAAUUCAUGAGAUAUAAAAAAGCAGCAGUUAAACCACCUACACAGCUUUGAUAUACGCUUGGAAAACCAAAUAAUUAGUAACAAAUUAAAAAGCAAGUGAUAUCAUGAGGGCACAAACACUGAACCCCAUUUGCAUGUUCUGUGUGAAGACAAUAAGAAAGGGGAAUAUUUAGGAACAAGGAUAUUGAAGUAAUUAAUAAAAAGCAGCAAAACAUUUUCUGUCACCAAGUAAUUAAUAUUAAUUACAAAUCUUCCAAAAAUUUUGUUUGAAAUUGGUGUUCAUUUUUCCAUUUACUGUAACAACUAAUUCUAAAAACCUUACAGAGAGAAGAAGGAAAACUGAAGUCAAUGCUUGAAUUUAUUUCAAAGUGAUGUAUAAUUUAUUUUAAAAACAAAUAUGUGAUAUUGUCUAGGGAGAACGUAAUGGAAAAAUUGCGAAUGAUUUUCAUCAAUAAUAUAAUAUAAUAUAAUAUAAUAUAAUAUAAUAUAAUAUAAUAUAAUAUAUAUAUAAUAUAAUAUGAUAUAAUAUAAUAGGUUCUACACACAUAGCGAGUCCUUUAUCCAGACAAUGUUUGUGGUUUUUAUGUGUUUAAAAACACUUGUCUUUAACUCUGUGUGAGUGUGUGUGUGUGUGUGUGUGUGUGUGUGUGUGUGUGUGUGUACAUGUGCAAAUAGAGUAAGACCAAAAUGAGAAUUUUUGCUGGGCUUCUCCUUGAAUUAAUGGUUAUUUAUUGGCAUUGCAAAUAAAAUUCUUUUUAUGAAUUUUAGAUAUUUUAUGAAGAUUUACUAUCAAUAAUGAGAAUUUUAAUGUUUCUUGAGACAAAUUAUUGCUAUUAGCUGGAUACUGAAUGGAAUAACUUCAGACAGUGAUCUAAAAAGUAUAUUUAAUAUACUUAUUUAUUUAUUUUGUAUUUCUAUCUAAAAUGUCGCACUUAUUUCAGCUGUCUAGAAUUUAAGUUUCCAUUUCUAUCCAGUUAUUCCUUAUUAUCACUAAUGAUAGAUAACAAGUUCCAAUUGUUAAUUUUUAAUAAAUGCUUAAAAUUUGAACACAAUUCCUACUCCAAAGCAUAACAUAAGAAGUUUACCAAUGACAAUAAAAGUAACUAUUGUCAAGAGAAAAA